CUUACUUUAAAUCGAGGUCAUCCUGUGGAGACAUGGAAGAGAGGUGAUUGUGGAAAGAAAUGAGUGAAGGACACUAUCCAGACUCUUCUAAGUCGAUGUGAUAGUUUCAUGGCAUUCAAGGGCAAAACCGCUGGCACUAAGACUGUCCUCUUAAAUUUGUUGCAGUGUUCAUUGGUAUUCUACACUCUGUACUACAUGAUUGGAAGCGUUUGUUUUGGAGCAUUCAGACUUGAUUCAUUUGAUGGGUUGCUUCCAUUUGACUUUAAAACACAAGCAGAAAAGUCUGUCUCUAAAUAUCUAGUGAAUCUGCUGUCUAUGGAACUUACAUAUUUUACCAGUGGAAUCCUGUUUGCAAUAAUAGUCAAGAAGCGGGUGUGGGACUAUUCAAUCACAGUUACACUCGUCCACGUCAUACUGAGCUCUGCAGUGAUGGCUGAGUUUCCAUUAGCGUGGCAGUGGUGGUUGGCUUUGGGUGGUGGCUUGUUGAUGAUGAUCUGUAAUGGCCAGCUAGUGGCACACUUUGUUUGCCAAAACAAUCCUGCUUACUCUUCGAGUAAUCUUUGAGAGAAAAUGAUCAAACGUAGCCACAAAAAUCAAAUGUUCAGGAUAAUUUCCCUGGCUGCAUGACCUGCUAACAAGCCUGCAGUGAUUUUAGUGGGACGAGAAAACAAAUCCUCCAUCAGAAAUAUUUAGCGUUAAACGUUUGAAAAUCACAGCUUGUAUUUUAAAUGUCAGACGUUUUACCAGAAAAGGUCUGUUUUUCACACAAAAGCCAAGUGGAUCAUGGGCAGCUUAAAAGAAAGACUACUAUGAUUUUAAAACCAGAUCUUUCUCGAUUUCUCCAAUAUUCUUUGAAUUUUGAUCAUUGUUGCUUUGCAAAGGUAGUUCCAUUGAAGGCACCAAGCAAGGAGGUAAUUUUAAUUUUGUCCAAUUCUGUGUGCAACACAUCUGGUUGGAAAAUGUGGUAUCUAACCUGCAUGGUAAAGCAUCAGAAUUAGUGCAGCAGUACUAUGUCAGGAAGUAAUUGGGACCUCUUAAAAACAUGUCUGAUCAGGUCUUUAUAUGAGUAAUCCAACUGUACAGUAUUAAAAUGAAAACCAAAAGAGAAUAUAGUGUGUUAGGCUUAAAGAACCAUUUGAGAAUUAAAGGAUCUCUUUAAAGAUAACUCAGAAGCAAAUUUUCUUUAUGCUGAAAAAAAAGUUCAUGCAUUGUAAAUAAUAAAUAGGUUUAAAAUAGAAUCUAAGAACUCCCAAAAAUAUUAAUUCACAGUAUUCAUAUAAAAUAUGAAAACUAAAAUCUGUUAUUUUCCCACUAGGUAAAGAAAUUGUAUGCUCUCAAAAGGUUAAAAUGUUUAAUAUUUACCUUUGAUGGGGGACAUGACUAUGCUUUUCAGGAUUUUUAACCAUUUUUAUUGCAUUUGUUAAAUCAUUCAAUGAUCAAUGUCUUCCUUUACUUUUAAAGUGUUAAUAGGUAAUAUAUGGAUUUCUAACAAAUUCAGUUUUAACAUUAAAAAAAAGUCCUUCAAGUUGAAAAUUUUUUACCAUAUUCUGGAUUUAAUGCAAUUGAUUUCUUUACUGUCAUGGAUCGACAACUCUACCUUGUCUACUGAGUUUUUUUUAAUGUCUUCAACAUUAUAAAAUAAAUUAUUUUUGAUCAAUUUGUUUGGACAAACUAUAUGCCCAAGGCAGGUGGAACUCAAAUCCUGACCUCCUGGCUCAGAGCUGGAGAUGCUAUUACUGUCACAGACACGGGAAACUGUUCAGUUGUUAGUUUGAGUUUAGCUUUGCAAAGUUGGCAAGCUGCCAGCUUUUAUAGUAUUUUGGUAGUUCUUGCUUUGGCAUUCUGACACAGUAUAUUGUAGAAUUCACCAAGUUUUAGCUAUCUUUAUCGAUAUUACAUGUGGGCUGAUUAUCUUACCCUUUAUCUGUCCUGAAGAGAAUUUUUUGUUGUUGUUGGAUUAUCAUUUAAAUAUUGAUGGUGGGGGAGUGGUGUUGGUCAAUGGUUGCUAACUAAACAAUAUUUUCUUUUACUAUUGACAUCAAAUUUAUACAAUGUCUUGUGCAGAUAUACGGGAACUCAAGACUGGAAAAACUGGAUGCUUAUUCACUGUUGAAUUUGAGAGUCACCUGGAUGUAUUAAUGUUCAAUAAAAGGCAUCUUGAAUUUC